UUUGCGCACCUCGGGGCGCGGAUUCACAUUCCAGGCGGUGUCUCGUGAUGUCAGUGACGACAAUGAAAAUAUUUUCAGCAUUUUACUUCCUUCUUCACCGUCGCUAUAAGAGAGAGGUCCUGGUCCAGCGUCUCUCUGAGCCACACAGCGAGCGAUCCCAGCGAGGCCAUGGGUCAUAGCGAGCGUGACUCCCAGUGAGAGUGUGGACAGUGGGAUGAGCUGCUUCAUCUGCCUGGGCACGUUCGUCUGCCCCUCCACGCUGAGCUGCGGACACUCGUUCUGCCUGCGGUGCCUGGAGGCCGCCUGGGAGACGGCGAGCAGCUUCCGCUGCCCGCAGUGUCGAGCGACCUUCCCUGUGCGACCCCAGCUGAGGAGGAACGUGGCCCUCGCCAACCUGGCGGAGCAGCUCAGAGUUGCAGACGGGAUGGCCGCGGCCGUCGUAUGUGACAACUGCGCUGAUGGCCACACUCCUGCAGUGAAGACCUGCCUGAGAUGUGAGAUGUCCUUCUGUGCGACGCACUUGAGGCCUCACGUGGAGAAUCCCAGGCUGAGUGAUCACGUCCUGGUGGCUCCCAUCGCGAACCUGGAGGAGCGAAGAUGCAAGGAGCACAGAGAGGAGCUGAAGUACUUCUGUGAACAGGAUAAGAUCCCGGUCUGCACAGGCUGCACCAUCACUGGAGACCACCCCGGACACAGAGUCAUCACAGUGGAAAAAGCGCAACAGACAAGACAGGAGGAGCUCAGAGUCAAGAAGGAGGGGGGAGAGGAGAAGAGGAACACGGCGGCGUCACGGGCACGGACACUCAGGGACGACUACCGAUACGUGGAGGAGUCUGUGCGUGGGACCAAGGCGCGGAUCAGCCGAGAGUUUGAGCGCCGGAGGAAGCAGCUGACGGAGGAGGAGAGGGAGGCGCUGGAGCGCGUGGACGAGGAGGGCCGCUCCGUGCUGUCCCGCAUCCAGGCGGACAUCGCUCGCUACGAGAGCAGAGCACGCGGCCUGGAGCAGGAGAUCAACCAGCUGCUCGCCGCCCUCGCCGUGCAGGACCCGCUCUCCUUCCUGCAGGAUCCCCUGCAUGAGAGUCUCAGGAGCUCGGACUCGCAGGGGACCCAGGAUGCGCCUCCUCCCACAUUCAGUCCCCAAGAGCUCACAGAGGUCAUCUCGCUAGGAGGAGUGAAUACGAUGCGCGUGGCUCUCGUGUAUGGACGCUCACCGACUCUGGACACAAACUCAGCCCACCACUGCCUCCAGAUUUCCUCGGAUCUCAGGACGGCGACGUUGAGCGAUGUCCCCCAGGGUCGCCCCCAUCACCCACACCACUUUGAGUGCCGGCUACAAGCCCUGUGCUCUGAGAGCUUCUCGUCGGGUCAGCACUACUGGGAGGUGGACGUGGGGAGCGUGAGGUGGGGGUAUCGGGUUGGAGUCGCGUACGGGACGAUCCCACGGAGAGGGGAUGGUGAUGAGUGCCUCUUGGGAGGGAGCGACGUCUCCUGGUGUCUACGGAAAGCUGACGACAGCUUCUCAGUGCUGCAUGGCGGGGUAGUGACGUCACUGUCGGUGCCGCAGCCUCCGCGGAGAGUCGGGGUCCACCUGGACUGGGACGCGGGGCUGCUGUCGUUUUACAGCGCCGACUCCAUGGCGCUGUUGCACUCGUUUAAUAAAACUUUCACUCAGCCCCUACACCCUGGGUUGCUGGUGUGGGGUGGUGUUGGUGACUCAGUGACGAUUGUGGAUCUGAGUGGCGCGUCCUGAGAGAGGUGAACGUGAACAGCGCAGAGGGCAGACGCCACCACGACGCACGGCGCUCGCCACCCUCGUCACCGCCACGCGCGGCGCCACGCCCGUGAUUGGCUGGUGGCUGUCGGUGGCUAGGGGCUGCGUGGCUCUCCAUCACAACGGGGGGAGCUGAGCGUAAACAAUCCUCACAACCUUCAUGGGGGGGGGGGUGAUAAAAUAAGUACUGCUCUGUGUGUGUGUGUGAAGCCAACGUGCAUGUAUUCACCCUGCCAGAGGAGUGUGACUGUAGUGUAGGGUGCAGUGAUUAGCAAUGGUGAACUGGGAUGUGUUUAUACACUGGUGGUGUCAUGGGUUGUGGGAGAGACGCAAGAACAACAAUAAUAAUAUUAAUAAUAAAAAGUAUAAAUGUACGCGUACGACAGUGGCAAUGUAACGCUUGUAUCGUCGAUUCUACAAUAAAAAUACAGAACACAACAACAACAAUGUAGUUGUGUACAGCGUCAUUCGUGCUCACUGCAUCCCGCAACGCUGUUCAUUAAUUAAACACGAGCACCAAAUCCUCUACACAGCCACUGCCAAGCAAAUUAAAUCUACAAAUUAAUAAACAAAUAAAGAGACGGCGCCAAACACAAAAGGCGCCAACAAUGUCCGAGCUUCUUGGUUC